AUGGGUCAAGCACAUCUGAGAGAUGAAAACACGUAUAAACCCUUACUUAAUCCACAGGAGGAGCUGCAGAGAGUACAAGAAGAAGGUAAAAGGUUGGUGAGCAGGUUCUACUGCCUAGACUCACCAACAGGAAAAAGAUCUAGUUUCUCAGCAGCACAGAGGGACGCCUUGUUAGCCCAUAAAGCAAGCAUCCCCCACUGGUACAUCCUCCCAAAACACACAAAAAAACUGGAUGAGGAGACAGGAACAUGGCCAGGCAGGCCAGUCCUCAGUGGCUGCUGUGCACCCACAAGACCAGUGGACAGAUUAUUAACAACCUUUCUUUCACCCUUACUAGAGUUACUCCCAGAGAGACUGCAAGACACAACCCAUUUUCUGAGGAAGCUGAGGGAGGCCCCCCGACUAGAAGGAGAAAUCUACCUCUUUUCCUUUGACAUUGUGUCGUUAUAUCCUUCCAUUCCACAGGAAGAGGCAGCUUGGGUAGUAGCAAAUUUUUAUGAAAAGAAUUUCGGAUAUGUACAGGGCAGGUUAAAAGACUUAUAUAAUAUAACUGCCCCCCCUCCUUACCUAAUCCAGGAGGGAAUUGAGCAUAUUCUAUCAGGGACUUUACUGAGGUUCGACAACAAAUUUUACCAGCAAAUGAAGGGCACAGCAAUAGGAGCCUCAGUAUCAGUGGCAGUGGCUGAGAUCUUUGUCCAUGUGAGUAUUGAACAGAAAAGGAAGGAAAUAGAAAAACAACCAAUUGUGUUUUACAGAUAUAUUGAUGACAUCUUUGGAGUUUUUCAGGGCACAGAGGAAGACCUUCAAAAAUACUACAGAGAACUCAACCAGUUCCACCCAGAUCUAAGAUUUACUGUAGAAUUUGAUAAAAAUAGAUUACCCUUUUUAGAUACGACGGUAUAUGUAGAUAAGGAAGGCUUCCUACAGACAACAGUGUACCACAAACCUUCGAAUACUCAUCAAUACCUCCAUUUUCAGUCGAGCCAUCAUCCCAACCUGAAGAAAAGCCUCCCUUUCUCACAGGGAAUCAGGGUAAAAAGGAUAGUAAGCGACCCUGAACACCUGGAGAUAGCUUUAAAUGAAAUGUUCAGUUUUUUCAGAGCAAGAGGAUAUAAUGAGAAGAUCCUUGAAUUAACAAAAAAUAGACUUGAUAAAAUACCGAGAGAGACACUCUUGGAGUUCAAAAGAAAAGGAGAAUUAAACAGAUUAAUAUUUCCAAUGCUCUAUUCUCAGAAUAUUGCAGGGCCACUCCGCAAGUCCAUCAAUCAAAUAUGGGAAUGGACACAGGAGAGGGCCAGGGACACACCUUGGGAAGCGAGCCUGAACGGCCCUCCACCCAUGAUAGCCUGGAAAAAAGAUAAGACAAUAGCUGAAAAACUAAUAAGAGCAGAGUUUCCCUCUCCUUUGCUCAUGGAGAGAACAGCCCUUUCUAGUACAUAA